CAUGCAGGUCCUCCUCUCAUGCAAUAAUGCCCCAGCGCCGAGCCAAAGUCGGCUCUCCUUCUUGCGACGCAAGACGCAGCAGGUCUCCGAAGCUUGCCUGCCCGCUUCCUCCUCUCUGCUGAAACCCUCACCGGAACUCGGGCCAUUGAAAAUAAAACAGCGGGGUCGCGUCUUGCAGGGGCACCGAAGCUUUCACCUCCUUUCCCUUUGCUCCCUUCCGAGAUCUUCAACGAGGAUUUUGUUGAUGAACAAGCAAGAAGAGUUACACUUCAAGACCGCACAUAUGCAACCCAAAAUCGUGACAGAAAUAACAAUUCUUGUGAAAACAGUUCGGAGCCCGAAUUUGGGCGCCUGGGCACCCUAUUCUCUUGAGGCAGGCGUCCUAGCGCCAGAAGUGGGAGCCUAAGUGCCUACUUUGGGCGCAAGACUUCCACCUUCUCGAUUUUGAAACACUUAAUGGGUUAGCACUUACUACGUGGAAGCCAACCUGCUGCUCAUGGGUGCUACAAUCAGACUCAACAACUAACAUGGCUUACCAAUGAUUUCCCUCAAAGACAUAGUCCCUGCCGCCACCAACACAAUAAACACAAAGUUCAUACUCCUUGAUAAGGGAAAUGUCGGUCAGGACGGGAAGGAGACGACUUGCCUUGCUCUCGUUGCCGACGAGACCGCUUCACUUCACUUUCAACUAUGGGGAGACGAGUGCUGUUUUUUCGAGCCCGGCGACAUAAUCCGACUCACCAAUGGCAUAUUCUCAUACCACAAGGGCAACCUUGUGUUGAGAGCUGGGAAGAAAGGGAAGACUGAGAAGACUGGGGAGUUUAAUAUGGUGUUUGUUGAGACUCCUAACAUGAGUGAGAUCAAAUGGGGCAUUGAUCCCAACAAUCCCAGAAAGUUUGUGCAGGAAUCUGUCAUCUCACCUCACUCCACAAUCUUCCCACCAUUGCCAUAAUUCUUUGCAUUUACAUAUCUAGCUCCCUAAACUUUGCUUCUUACAUUUAUGCCACCCAAAUCUUAUAGAUGACAUUAAAAACACCAUCAUUUUAACUUUUAGAGAGUAAAAUACACAUUUUCUUACUAGGUGAGGUGGCAGGUAUGUAAAAAAUGGAAGGUUUGGUGUUACAUAUGUAAAUACAUACGAUUUGUGUGGUGUUUAUAUAAAUUUUCGUUGUUUUUAUGGAUCAAUUCGGGUUCAGAUUUUUUUUUUUCUUAUGUUGAUAUAAUGUAUUUUUUAUGUUGAUGUAAUGUUUAGUUGAG